GGCAGAGAAAGGAACCGUCCUCGUUGUUUGGGCACCAUGAAGGUCUUGUCUGCUGUGUUACUCGCGCUGCUUGCUUGGACUCAGAGCGUAGACGGCCAAUUUGAUGGCAUAAUCCACAAUAUUGCAAAGACCACGCUGUGUGAGAACGUGGGGAAUGGAUGCGAGGAUAGCUUCGAGUGCUGCGUCAGCUUGCUCAGCUCACGACAAAGGAAAAGCCUCAUAAAUAGGGUUGCCAAAUGCGGGGAAGCCAGUGGUGUCGGCCCACUUACUGUGUUUGGAGGAGGACCCUCGGACCAGCAGAAGGUUGGGACGAUGAGGUGCAUGAGUCGGGACCGGCUGGCACAAAGGGUCUUGACCUGUGUCUUAGUAGAGCAAAGGCGCUGCUAAGCAAUGUUACAGAAGAAGAAAAAGAAUAGUAAAGAUAAUAAUGAUAAGAAGAUUGAGAAGCAAGAUAUUUUUUUAUUUCAUAUACAGACUCACUUUAUGAACAAGAAAUAUUAGUUCUUUUACACUAUUUCACAAUGUUAACUUUGAAACCCAUUUCCCUUCCGCAAAGUAGGAAUAUAGAACAUUUCCCCUUUUUUCCAAACUAAGGUUUGUACUUAACCGUAAUAUAUAUGCCUUUUGUUAUGUAUACAGAUAGAGAAACAUACAGUAGAAUCAUGUGAAAUGUAUACCUAUGAAUAAAAUCUUUAUAACUUUUGUUGUGAAAAUAGGAA